UGGGCCUCAUUUGGACUGAGCAAUCUUUAAGUUAAUCCUUUAAUUGAUGGGAGGCCCAUCAAAAUCGCUCCUGUCCCGCAAGUUGACUGCUCUCUUCCUCUCCGUCUCCCAGAUCUGUAGUUUCGAUUAACUCUUUACUGAGCCCAGCCUCAGCGUGUUCUUUCCGUGCAAAAUUCAAGUUCUUCUUACUCGACUCCAAUCCACUUCUGAGUCUUUCUUGCCAGCCGACUGCCGACGCCGCUUCGUUCGGUCCAAAGUUUGACGACAAUCACACUUUCUACUGGUAGAAAAUUGGAAUGAGUAUGGGUCAAAUUGUCAUUUUGGAGAUGAUAAAGUUUGAGUCGGAACUUCUGAGUUGUACUUAUUGAGUGUUGAAGCAUGUCUUCUUGGUAGUGCAUAAAUGAAUUUCAUGGACGAGGAUGCUUCUUCGGGCUCUGGUGAUGAUGCACACUUGCUAGAUGGAAACAAGCAUCAGUCUGGGAUACCAUCAAAUUCAGGGCGUAGGAAGAGAAGUCGCAAGGCUACAGGUGAUGCUAUAGUGGAUGCUAUGCUAGAAAUAGCUGCCGCUUCAAAAAUGAGGGCGACCGCAAUCAUGAAGAACGAGGACCGGUUUUCUAUAAGCAAAUGCAUAAAGAUACAUCAGCUGAAAUGGAUGAUUUCGACUUAGAACUGGAUGAGAUGGAAUUAACUGCAGCAGCGGCUGGGUACCAUUAUUAUAGCAGUAUUACCAAGCAACCUUGUCAUAGUUUGUCACCAAGUAAAGGAUGUGGAUUUAUGACAGAGGUGCUAAAUGGUCAUGAUGUUGUGUUCCAGGAAAUGUUUCGGAUGGAUAAAAAUGUAUUUCACAAAUUGUGUGACAUUCUUCGGCGCAGAGGCAUGUUGCGUGAUACUGCUGGUGUUAUGAUAGAGGAGCAGCUUGGAAUAUUUUUGAAUAUUAUUGGCCAUAAUGAGCGGAAUAGAGUAAUACAAGAGCGGUUUCAUCACUCAGGUGAAACCAUCAGCCGUCAUUUCAACAAUGUGUUGAAGGCUGUCAAGUCGCUUUCACGUGAAUUUUUACAAACUCCAAGCCCCAGCACUCCUCCAGAAAUCCUUGGAAAUAACAGAUUUUAUCCUUAUUUCCAGGAUUGUAUCGGAGUCAUUGGUGGAAUGCACAUUCCUGCCCAGGUGCCAGCCAAAGAUCAAUCCCGCUUUCGUAAUAAGAAAGGUGUUCUUUCACAAAAUGUGUUGGCAGCUUGCACGUUUGAUCUUCAGUUUAUAUUCGUUUAUCCUGGUUGGGAAGGCUCUGCUGCAGGUUCACGUGUAUUGAGAGCAGUCCUUGACGAUCCACAUCAGAAUUUCCCACAUAUUCCUGAAGGGAAAUAUUUCCUUGUUGACACUGGAUAUGCAAAUAUGAAAGGAUUUAUUGCGCCAUUCCAAGGGGUCAGGUAUCAUGUCCAUGAGUAUAGAGGUGCUAAUCAGUUACCUAGAAAUGCAAGGGAGCUCUUUAACCACAGACACUCGUCUCUUAGUAAUGUCAUCCAGAGGUCUUUCCAUGUGUUGAAAACUAGGUUUCCUAUUCUCAAACUUGCUCCUCAGUAUGCUUUUCAUACUCAAAGAGAUAUAGUUAUAGCUGCUUGCGUUCUACAUAAUUACAUCCGACGUGAGUUGAAAAAUGAUUGGCUGUUUUCCAGCGUGGAAGGGUCAACAGUGGAUGACCUACCUGAUGUUGAUGAACAUCCUGAUAUUGGGUUGGUUUCUUCGGUACAAGAGCAGGUUGCGUUUUCAAUGAGAGAAUCAAUUUCAGCAGAAAUGUGGGAUCACUUUAUGAAUGGAUGGGAUCAGUGGUGACCACUUGUAAAUACUUUUAUUUUGUCGUAUUAUCAUUAUAAACUUUAUAUUUAUCAUUUUUAUCGUCAAGUUAUAAUUGUUACUAUCAUAAUUCUGAUGAUGAUUGUGCAAGGAACGGUGGUUACUACUGUGAGCAUUAGCAUGACCAGUCAAUAGGUGAUUGCAUUUACUGUGAAGAUCUUACAUCUUGAUGAUAAAUGUACUAAGGUUUUGGUUUU